AUGAAGGACAAGAAGACUAAAAAAAUGUGGGGUGUUUUUGACGAAUCUGGAAUAUUCAUGGUGGUUUGUCACCAUAGGUUCUCUCUUGUGAUUGCAGACAUAGUUCAGAGUGGCGAACAGGCUAAAUAUCCUCUGGCUGUAGUCUCUAAGCUCCUUGAUGCAUUUGGCAAGGACCUCGGUAGUGGGUACAACAUAGGGUGCAGGUUCAAGACCACCCUCAGUCGUAGUGUGCUUGGGCACCGUGCACAUGAACUCAAUCAUACCUCACUCGUCAGUGUGUUUCACGGUCAUGCUCAUCAGCAUCUGUGUCAGCUCGAUCGCCUUGCCACUUAUGUUGAUGGCCUUGGGCUAGAAGACCUUAAAGGCUGUGAGUGGACAUUCUCAAAGUCCAAUGCACUCGCGUCUUCAGUCCGAUAUGCAAGCAUAUUUGACUGGUGUCAAGCUAUCACCAACUACUUUCAACAUAACAAUGACUAUGAGAUCUAG